GUGCAUUACUUGUAAUUUUUGAGACGGUUGACUUUAAGAAGAAUGUUUCAAAUCUUUAUGAAGAAGAAGGAGUGACUCUAAAGGCAUAAUAGUGUAACUCUUCAUCUUAUAGUACUCAUCUUACUGAUGAAUUUCAGCUCUUGUUCAAAUCUGUUGUUAGUUUUGUUCAUUGUGUUUUUGUAUUUGUUACAUGUUAGUAUCGGUAUAGACACCAUCACAUCAUCCCAAUUCAUCAAGGACCCUGAAACACUACUCUCCAAAGAUGGUUCCUAUGCCUUUGGAUUCUUUAGCCCUGGAAAUUCUAUAAAUCGCUACGCUGGAAUUUGGUGGAAUUCUCGUUCUACAGUCAUAUGGGUGGCAAACAGAAACCAACCAAUAAAUGAUUCUAAUGGGACUAUCACCAUAUCUGAAGAUGGAAAUCUUGUGGUAUUAAAUGGACAGAAACAAGUCAUUUGGUCAUCAAAUGUUUCCAACAUAGAAUCCAAUACCACUUCCCAGUUUUCGGACCAUGGAAACCUUGUCCUUUUGGAUAGCACAACAGGAAACAUCUUAUGGCAGAGUAUUCAGGAACCUUCUGAUUCAUUACUGCCUGGUAUGAAACUUUCUAUCAACAAAAGAACAGGUGAGAAAUCAAAACUAAGAUCAUGGAAAAGUCCUUCCGAUCCAUCUGUUGGGAGUUUCUCCUCUAGUAGUGUUGAACGCCAAAAUAUACUUGAAGUGUUUAUUUGGAAUGAAACUCAACCAUACUGGCGUAGCGGCCCUUGGAAUGGUGGGGUCUUUACAGGGAUAGAUACUAUGACAGUUGCUUAUUUUAACGGUUUCCAAGGUGGAGAUGAUGGAGAAGGGAAUAUUAAUAUAUAUUUUACUAUCCCAAAUGAGGAGAUUUUUUUGAUCUAUAAGCUUAAUUCACAAGGAAAAUUAGAAGAAACGUCUUGGAAUGAUGAGGAGAAAGAAGUGCAAGUUACAUGGACUAGCCGAAAAUCAGAGUGUGAUGUAUAUGGUACAUGUGGGGCAUUUGCAAGCUGUAGUUCAUUGAACACACCAAUAUGCAGCUGUUUGAAAGGAUUUGAACCUAGGAGCAUACAGGAAUGGAAUAGAAACAACUGGACAGGUGGGUGUGUUAGGAGGACAUCAUUGAAAUGUGAAACAAAAAGUACAAAAGAAGAUGGGUUUUUGAAAUUGAAGAUGGUUAAAGUUCCUGAUUUUGCAAGUGGAAUAGCUGAGACACCGGACAUAUGCAGAAGGUUAUGCUUGGAGAAUUGCUCUUGCACUGCGUACUCUAACGAUGCUGGGAUUGGUUGUAUGACUUGGACUGGGAACUUACUUGACAUACAACAACUCCAAAUGGGAGGACUUGAUCUAUAUUUUCGCGUAGCCCAUGCAGAGCUUGAUAGAGGGGGAAAUAAAACAGUCAUCAUUACAACUUCGGUGAUAAUAGGAACUCUCAUAAUUUCCAUUUGUGCAUAUAUCAUGUGGAGAAGAACUUCAAACAGCUCAACUAAACUGUGGCACUCUAUAAAAUCAACAAGGAAAACGAACAAGAAAGAUUUCCAACUAUUUAAUAAAGGCGGGACAUCAGAUGAAAAUAAUAGCGACGAUGUGUUUGGAGGAUUAUCCGAAGUUAGACUACAAGAGCUAUUAUUAUUUGAUUUUGAAAAGCUUGCAACUGCCACAAACAAUUUCCACUUGUCCAACAAACUUGGACAGGGUGGUUUCGGUCCUGUGUACAAGGGGAAACUGCAAGAUGGUCGAGAAAUAGCAGUUAAAAGACUUUCUCGAGCAUCUGGCCAAGGGCUAGAAGAAUUCAUGAAUGAAGUAGUGGUCCUUUGUAAGCUUCAACACCGUAAUCUUGUAAGACUUCUUGGCUGUUGUAUUGACGGUGAUGAAAAGAUGUUGAUGUAUGAGUACAUGCCAAACAAAAGUUUGGAUGCAUUUAUCUUCGAUCUAUCGAAAAAUAAACUACUAGAUUGGAGAACUAGGUAUAGCAUUAUAGAAGGAAUAGCUCGAGGAUUAUUGUAUCUUCACAGAGAUUCCCGACUCAGAAUUAUACACAGAGAUUUGAAGGCAAGUAACAUCCUGUUAGAUGAGGAGUUUAAUCCCAAAGUUUCUGACUUUGGAAUGGCUAGAAUCUUUGGUGGAAGAGAAGAUCAGGCCAAUACUACUAGGGUUGUCGGAACUUAUGGUUAUAUGUCUCCUGAAUACGCAAUGCAAGGACUUUUUUCAGAGAAAUCAGAUGUUUUUAGCUUUGGUGUUUUGAUACUUGAGAUUCUUACUGGGAGAAGAAACUCAAGCUUUUAUGACAAUGAGACUCUGACUCUUUUAGGAUUUGUAUGGUUACAAUGGAGGGAAGAAAAUAUUUUAUCCUUAAUAGAUACAGAAAUAUAUGAUCAUAGUCAUCAUAAGAAUAUUUCGAGAUGCAUACAUAUAGGACUGUUAUGUGUACAAGAAUCGGCCGUAGACAGGCCUAAUAUGGCUACAGUAAUUUCUAUGCUUAACAGUGAGGUUGCAUCACUUCCUCCUCCAAGUCAACCUGCAUUCAUCCUGAGGCAGAAUUUGUUGAAUUCAAAGUCACCUGAAGAGUAUUCCAUUAAUACUGCCAGUAUUACAGACAUGUGUGGAAGAUAGCACACUAAGGACAAGGAUUGCGGUCAAUGCUAGAGUCUUUGUUAUUGUAUAUAAUUUGUGAAAAAACAAAACUCUGGUUUGGUGUAAGUUAAGACAUAAAGACAUGUUUAGUAUGGCAUAGUGUUUAGUAACGACUUUACGACAGCAUUGAAAAUUAUGGUGACAUGAUUGUUAUAACAAAUAUCUGUUGCCUUUACCAUUGUCUGUGUUAUGUAUCUAGUAAUUUCAUAUAAAUUCAGUUUCGGCAUAUUGAUUUGGUGCCAUUGCAUCUU